UAAACCCUCCCUGGUUGGUACUUUCUGCUCUGGAUCGACCACUGACCAGUGACCACACCCAGCCCCAAGUUCAGUGUUCCGAGACUUCAGUCGACCCGACACUAGUCGAAAAGACGAUGGCAAUCGAGGCAUGGUACAUGGAGGAGAACGACGAGGAUCAAAGACUCCCUCAUCAUCGAAACCCAAAAGAGUUGGUCUCCUUAAGCAAGCUUGCAGAGGUGGGAGUGUUAUACUGGCAUUUGAACCCAAAAGAUUACGAGAACGAUGAGGAAUUGAAGAAGAUUAGAAAAAGCAGGGGUUAUAACUACAUGGACCUUCUGGAUUUAUGCCCAGAGAAAAUGCCCAACUACGAGGAGAAGCUGAAGAACUUCUACACAGAGCACAUCCACGCCGACGAGGAGAUACGUUACUGUUUGGAAGGCAGUGGGUACUUCGAUGUGAGGGACAAGGACGACCGUUGGAUUCGCAUCUGGAUCAAGGAGGGUGAUAUGAUCGUUUUGCCUGCUGGCAUCUACCAUCGCUUCACCCUUGACACCUGUAACUACGUUAAGUUGAUGAGGUUGUUCGUGGGAGAACCAGUGUGGACGGCGUACAACCGACCACAGGAGGAUCAUCCGGCUAGGAAGGAGUAUAUCAAGAGCCUGACGGAGAAGGUGGAUAUGGCAGUAGAGGCCCACUAGCAUAUCUACUGGGCCUACUUUGUUUAAUCUCUGGACUGAAGACUCUGAUACUACCAGUAUUUCAUCAGUAAAUGUAAUUCUACUGCUAUGUUACGUUCCUCAAUACAACUAAAUCAUAAAUGUAUCCCUGGACCCGGAUUCCCAAUUAAGUCCCCAGCAUGGCUAAUAUGAUUCUAAAAGAAGUAAUGUGUUGUAGGUUGUUAUUAGACAAUCGAUCUAUCUAUCUAAUUCUAUUAUUAUGUGAUUAUUAUCCAA